CAAGUCUCAUCCAACAUAUGUGUGCUAGAAACCCACCCUCUUGAUGAGGAAGAUGAAGCUCUUCACCAUUGCAUCUCAGAUAUACUAGUAAAACUGAUGAAUAUGGGAACAGUAGCAGACAGCAAUGAAGCCAUGUGCAGAGAAUAUAUUUUUGCAAUCCUUCAUGCAUCAGUUUGUAUAGCAAAAGAGGUCACUGAGGAUUUGUUAUGCAUGGCAGAAGGUAAGCAAAACUUGCCAACCAUCGGAUUCGCUCAAAAACCUUGUCCAGCUGGAGAGUUCGUGUCAGACAAAUUUAAAAAUCAAAAGAAACGUAAGGCGAGUGAUGCAUUCGGGGAAUCAGACUAUGAAUAUUUAUAUGGCAUCGUCUCAACGGGAACGGACUGGUACUUCAUCUUAUAUACGACGGAGGAUAUUUACUGUACCAGCGAAACCGAAUACCAUAUCUCACUCACCAAGUCGGCACUCAAAAAUGACGUUGAUUUGAAAAAGAGCGUAAAAAGG